AUGGAAAAGAGAUCUUUUAACCUUGUUAUAGGUGUUACUGGAAGUGUAGCGGCAUUAAAACUACCGAUUCUGGAGAAAAGUUUGAUGGAAUUAAAUGAAAAACUACAGGACUAUAAAUUUCAAAUCCAUGUCAUAGCAACUGAAAACUCUAAACAUUUUUUUCAAACUGAUGAGAUAAAAAGUAAGAUUUAUGAUGAUACUUGUGAAUGGGACACAUGGAAGAAGAGAGGUGAUCCUGUUAUGCACAUAGAAUUAGGUAAAAUGGCUGAUAUGAUGGUUAUAGCACCUCUUGAUGCAAAUACAUUGGCAAAAUUAUCAACGGGUAUAUGUGAUAAUAUGCUUACCUGCACAGUCAGAGCAUGGGACUUUAAAAAACCAUUACUAUUCUGUCCAGCUAUGAACACUCGAAUGUGGGAACAUCCAAUCACAGGAACACAAAUUGCACAAUUGAAGAGUUGGGGAUAUGAGGAGAUACCACCAAUAAGCAAAGUGUUGAUGUGUGGAGAUGUUGGAGUAGGUGGAAUGGCUGAGGUUGGCACCAUUGUGGAAAAAAUUAAAGAAACAGCAGACAGGCUGUUUAAGGCUUUAUAA